AUGUCAGGUAAUAAUAGAACAGGGGUUGUGUGCAUUGUUAGAAGGGUGUUUGCUGAGACAAGUAUCAGUUUGUCCCAGACGUAUAUCACGCAGAAAUUAACGAAAAGCAUAGAUGACCCUAAGCAAAAAAAUCGCUGCUUGAGGGAGGCGGAUCCGACGAUUUACCCAGAGGUCAAGGCCAACCAGAAUGGUCUCCUUCAAAGUGAUCAGAAGAGGCUCUUUAAAUCAUUGGAGCGACCAGAGGUAUGUGGAGCGGGCCCAGAACCGGAUCAGGCCGACACUAUCGCAUUCUGGCGUGGCCUGUGGUCAGAGCCCAUAAAUUACAGCGAGGGCUCUUGGAUAGAAGUUGUGACGACGCAGGGUGCGAGUGUUACGCCUAUGAACCCCAUCACCAUAACGCCUGAAGACGUGGCUGAGGCGGUUCGUAGGGCCCCGAACUGGAAACGUCCCGGGCUCGACAGGCUGAAUCAUUAUUGGCUGAAGGGGUUCGUGGAAUGUCACGCAGUGCACAACCGACAGUUUUAA